ACUUAAUCUUGCAAUGAAAAGCAUUUGUGCAGCUAAGAAUGUGUUGAAUAACGUUGAAGUGUAUGAUGAAUGUCAUUGGAUAACGGAAGUUCAUGCAGAUGCCUUGUUCAUUAAAAAUUACAUAAUGAAUCAUUUGAUGAGGCUUUCAAUGUUCAAUAAGUUUUCUCCAUUAAAACUACUUUGCAUUGCCGAUACUCGUUUUGCUUCUAUUGUGUGCAUGCUUAAAAGGUUGAAACUCCUUAAAACAUCACUUCAAUCAAUGGUUAUUAGUGAGAAUUGGUCCUUAUACAAGGAUGAUCGACGCAGGCAAGCCUCACAUGUAAGGGAAAAUAUUUUGGAUGAAAUAUGGUGGGACAAAGUUGAUUACAUUCUUGACUUCACACGCCCAAUCUAUGAUAUGAUUAGGGUUUGUGACACCGACAAAUCUUCAUUGCAUUUGGUUUAUGAAAGAUGGGAUAUUAUGGUUCAAGGGGUGAAAGAUGUCAUCUACAAGAAAGAGGGUAAACAAGAUUAUGAACAAUCUACCUUCUUUAAUGUAGUUAAAGGGAUUCUUAGUAGUCGUUGGAGUAAGGGUAGUACUCCACUCCAUUCAUUAGCACAUUCUUUGAAUCCAAGAUUUUACACGGAAGAAUGGCUUAAUGAGGUUCCGGGACGAGUUGCUCCAAGUGCCGACAAUGAAAUUUCCACACAAAGAUUACAAUGUUUUCAAAGGCUUUUCCAAAGUCCCGAUGAAAGAUUCAAGAUCAACACGGAAUUUGCUAUAUUUUCCCGAAAAUCGGAGGGGAUCUUUCUCAACAUUGAUUGCAUGCAUGAUAUGGCUUUGAUGGAUGCUAAAAAUUGGUGGGCAACUUAUGGUUCUCAAGUGCCUAUGCUUCAAAGUUUGGCUUAUAAGCUAUUAGGUCAACCUUCUUCCUCUUCUUGUAGUGAAAGGAAUUGGAGCACCUAUAAGUUUAUUCAUUCUUGUACUAGAAAUAAGCUUACUCCUAAACGUGCUCAAGACUUGGUAUACAUUCAUAACAACCUUCGAUUACUUUCUAGGAGAAGUGAAGAGUACACUAAGGGGAGAUCUAAGUUGUGGGAUGUGGGUGGGGAUGAACAUGACAACCUAGGAGAGGUUGGUAUCCUAGAGAUGGCCGAGCUCUCACUUGAUGAACCCGAGAUGGAAAGUAUGAUUUUUGAUGAUGUACUUGAUGGUGAAGAAUGAAACUAUUAGUACUUAUGUUUAUUUUAUUUAUGAUUUGUAAAACUACUUAAUAUUAAGACAUGUAUUUGGUUUGAUGGUUUCUUCCUA